AAUAUUUAAGAACAACAGAUUCCCCCGUCGAGAUGGAUUUUGGAUAGCAUCAGUGCACAGCAAUAUCAACAACGCAUCAAAUCUUCAAACUUUCCGGUCACUCGCUUCAAACGUACUUUAAUCUUCAACCCAUCCUCAAAUCUAUCCCCCAUCAAAAUGAAGUUCCUCGGCUCCCUCGUCACCCUCUCCGCCCUCGCGGCCACCACCACCGCCCUCCAAUCCAUCUACGUCGGCACCCGCUCGGCCGACUACGUUAAGGGCGGCCGCUACGUCGUCUGGUUCUCCGACUCGGACGUCUGCAAGCAGGGCGUGACCUACGGCUACCCCGGCUACGGCGUGGAUGUCUGCGACUACGACUUCACGCUGCUCGGCCAUCCGGACAUCGAGUUCACCGGCUGCUACCCGGCGCCCCAUGGGGAUAACCCCACGGGGGUCAAGGACGGCGACGCGGCGGCCUUGACGUGCAGUGCGGACGGUGCGGACGGACCGCUCGGACCGGAUCUAUCGACCGUCAAGAUCCAGUGUCCUGGCGACUCCCAGUCUGCAAACGGAUACGAGGUCGAGCUCAGGAGGUAUUGCAAGUAAAUGGCUCGGAGGAUGGGAUCGCAACGCGGCAUCGAGAAGCAUUCUAAAGGCGUUCAGAACGAAUGGGCCCGAUGGAAAUAGACUUGAGGUGUUUGCUUGAGCAUUCGAAAUUGCCAUUCAACGAGGGAUCCGCGCGGUUUGGCCACCGUUUAAUCAUACCAUUCCUUUGAGCAUUAUUACAAUUCAUGAAAUACGAUUUAUGACUUUAUAACAUGCCCCUCUGAGAAGACUUGGGUGAGAUCGUUAGAAAAACG